UAGCUGCACUCCAUGUACGAUGAACUGGUAUGAAACGAGAUGGUGAGCCUAUAAAUACCGCCCCACCGCCCAGCAGCAGGAGCACAUCACUCAUACACAGCAGAGGAGAUCGACUUGAUCCUCUCCAUCCGUUUUGCCUCUCUUCCUGCCCCGCCCGCCCAUCGACAGAAUCUCAUUGCCUCAUCGCGCUCCGACUCUGCCUUUGCUGGUCGAGUUCCUCUGGUCUCUAGCAGCUCCAACAAGGCGCCAGGCGGGAUGGACAGGCUCAACGCCAAGCUGUACAUGCAGAACUGCUACAUCCUCAAGGAGAACGAACGGCUGCGCAAGAAGGCCCAGCUGCUGAACCAGGAGAACCAGGCCCUGCUCACCGAGCUCAAGCAGCGCCUCGCCAAGACCGCGGCCGGCAAGCCCACCGGCAACAGCAACGGCAACGCCGCCCGUGCGCCCCUCCCCGACCUCAAUGCUGUUCCACCGGCACACGCCGUCCAUGACAAGGCGGCGCCCAAGUCCAAGAAGACUGUCGCAAACUGAAGCCGCUUGCUCGGGUGCUGGAGAACAUAUCCAGUGCUUUCACUUCACCCAUUAGGUAGUACGUACUGGUACUGGAUAUGUUCUCCUUGGUACUCUACUGCCAUGCCAUCAUGUAGGAUUUGCAUUUGUAACCGCUAAGGGUCUAGCUCUGGAUGUUGGGAAUGUUUGCUUCGUUUUAGCUAUGGAACUGCAUGCCUACGUACUGUUAUGUAGCAGAGUCCUCCUCCUUCUGAAUGGAUAGAUAGAUCAGAUCAACUAGGAGUAUAUAAAGAUGGUUGGGUUGGGUCAAUGCGCGCGCUACAUGGCUGUGGCAUUGGACCAGCUUCUUCCUUUCCAGUCCUGGGAAAUGUCAUUUACAGCUCGUUU